AUGUGGGAGCUAUUGCCGGUUCAUUGUGCCAGUCCUCCCUACACGACGAGUGAAUUAGCGCCGCUGCCUGCGUCGGGGAUAGUCUCUGAAAGGAGGAAUACUGUACCUCUUUCACCGAUCGGAACUGUUAGGGCGCUCCCGGGACGCGCAUUCGAUUUCCGCGAGGUCGUCAGCAUACAUUCGGGAGAGCAGGACACCAUGUCUGACAUCAAAGUCCGCAAGCUUGUGAACCCUUCUGAGAGCGACAUCGAUGAAGUCGCGAAGACCCUCGCGGCGGCGUUUGCGAAGGAUACGUUCACAGUAGCUGUAUGCGGUGGCGAUACCUCGAAGAUCUACGGCUUCGAACGAGCCACAGCAGCGGCCGCUGCUCUCGCGGGCGAGCUUUGGGUGGCCAGCUAUGGCGAGCAUGACUUCGCGUCUGUCGCAGUCUGGAUUCAUCCCGGCCGCGAUUUGCUCGAUAGUUCAGAUCAAAGGGAUGCCGGAUACAACCAACUGUUCUCUUCCUUUGAGCCAGAACUCGUCAAGUGGUGGAUGGAAGACUUCUUGCCACACUACGCGGAGGUGAACACGAAAGCCCUCGGGGAUGGUACCAAGACAGCAAACUGGAGCCUGCAGCUAAUUGGGACGUUGCCUGAGCUUCAACGUUGCGGACUGGCAUCAGCGCUAUGUCUCGCUAUGGAAGAGAAGGUUAAAGCUGAGAACAAGUUCAUCACCCUUGAAGUAGAGGAGCCGAAUAACCUCCCGUUCUAUGGGGCCAUCGGAUGGAAAGCGGUGUAUGGACCGGAGCACUUCGAUGCCACUGGAGGUCGGUCUUUCCCGAUGUGGGUGCUUAGAUCGUGA